UCCCAUAAUACCCAGUGAUUACUGUUCUGUGUUAUAACAUUGCCACCGCUCCCUAGGUCUAUCCCAGAGCGCCCGCCACAGCGCCGGAGGCGAAAGACGCGAGACGCUUUUGCAGGGGGUACAACGAAGGACCGUAAGAAUAAUGCCAACCUUCGGCCGCAUUGGUAAACAUAGCAAUCGUUCCCAGAACGCUCUUGUCAGUGCAACAACGAGCGAUCCUCAGACGCCUGCCACAGCCUCCUCCUCAAAAUCGUCGGCCACGGCGACAGCGACAACGACAUCUACCUUGCCAUCAUCGCAAUCGACCGGAGGAGCAGGAGCAGAGGGAGUGGGUUUAGUAGGAGCCGGAGGAUCCUCAGGGCCUGAAGUACGUGUAAGGCAAGAGCCCAAGACCGCUUCGUCAUCAGUGGGUUCCGGCGCAACGACAGGUACUAACAACACCGCCCAAACCCAGAAGAACCUCCACCAAACCCAAAAUCCAGGUACUACCCAACAGCCCCACAACUACCAGGAACAACUACUACAACCACAACCACAACUACAUUCACAAUCACAACACCAUCACCAUCACCAACAACACCACCACCAUCGCCAUCGCCAUCACGAUUCCGACUACAACCAAGAAGGUUCUGACACCGACACCGAUACUGACACCGACAGAAACGUCGACGUCGAAGACCAGCACCAUUAUCACCACGACGGUGCUGCCAGUGACAGCCUCCCCUCCGCUUCGCCUUCCAACUCCUAUAGUGCGAGUGAAUCUCUUGAUAGGGCGUUGCAGCAACAGCUGCAAGACCUGGCCCGCACAAAGGCGCAGUUACUGGCCCAAUUGCAACAAUCACAAACAGACCCAGAACAACCACCGCCAACCCCGCCGCAGCAACAACCGCCUCCUCGCCAGGACUUCGCAUCGCAUCGCUUCCCCAACGUCGCUCCAAUCCACGUGCAUCCCCAGUACAACGCUGCUACCGGCUCCGUAGACGACCUCCAGGCUACGUUCGAUUCCCCGGUCGGCACUCCUGCCCACUACUCCUAUCAGCAGCUGCCUCAACAGCACCAGCCUCAACAACAACAACAACAACAACAACAACAACAACAACAACCACCACCACCACCGCCCGAGCAGAAGAAGUCUGCUAGGAAGCUGAUUAAAAACAUCCUGACUAGAGCGCAAGACCACCACCAGCAGCCGCAGCCGCAGCCGCAGCCGCAGCCGCAGCAGUCUCAGCCCCAGCAUUCCACGUACCACCCGCCCUCCCAACAGCAGCAACAGUACCAGCCUCAUCACUCCCAUUCCCAGUCCCUCCAGUACGACCACGCUGCCGGUGGCCUUGACCGUCGAGAUUCUUUACGAGUGAGAAACCCACCAUCCAUCCCGUUCGCCGUCUCCCAGGUCUCUCUCGACCAACCGAGCGACUGGCCCACGGACCAGCAAGGCCCUUAUACCCGGCCCUCACCCCUUCAAGGACCCGGUGAAUUGGAAGAGCACCUGGUGGGAAGCGGUUCUAACAGGAGCUUUAUCGUACAGAAUCCCCACAAGUCGGACCGCCACUCCGUUGUUUUUGCCCCUAGCGACUUCGAGCCGGUCCAGUACGAGGAGCUCAUCUAUCGACAGCAGCAACAGCAGCAACGGACCUCGAGUGGCCAGCAGAUCCAGUACGGCCAAGCCAUUUUCGACCCUUCGCCCGAGCCAACCUACCAGGCAGCGGGCCAGUAUCACUCGCAGCCUCCGAGCGGUGGCCCUUCCCCCAUCUUCGCCGGCGUCGCUAGCCAGAAUCGGGCCGCCACACCGCAGGAGAAAAUUUCUGGGUCAGUCUCUCGGCUGUCGCAUGACUCUUCUGCCGUCGCCGACUCGGACUCGCAGUCCCCAAAUACGCAAUCCGUUCAUCAGUCCCCCGUCUUGACGAACCGCGGCGGUGCUCAAGACAUCAAGUCUCAGCCUAACCAGCCUCCUUUCCAGCGAGAGAGUGUGCCGGUCCUUCCCAAGCGCGAAGAUUCUCUCCCAGACCGUGAACGGCAGGACCAGCUAGACCAGCACCAGCGCCAGCGUCAGCCCGAACAGACCCGUCACCACCAGCAUCAAGAGGGACAGGAAGAGAAUAUGGCUCCCGGAGGGCCGCCUAACAACCGACGACCGCCUCCCGAGGCAGAAAAGACGAUCCGCACUGUCGACCAGCCCCCGCAAGGUCCGCCCUCUGGUUACAGGCUGAGCCAGCUUCCUCCGGGCGCCGCAGGCGGACAGGGUAACACUCUUCGAGUUGCCGGUGGCCAAGAAAGGGCAGCGCAGUUCGAAGGGCAGGUUGGAGACCAAGGCAGAAAUAGCCCCCAGCCCGCCAAUGCCGAUCAGAACCUUGCUGAUCCCGAAAAGUUCAAAGAGCUCUUGACGAAAUACAAGAACGUUAAGCGCCUCUAUUUCGAUGGCAAGACGCAGAUUGAGAAUCUCACCUUGCAGGUCGAGCAACUGCAGAAUGCUAUUGCCAACCAGCGCAUCACACAGUCGCGAACGGCGCUGGACGACAGCGAAUACCUCACACGUUUCAACCGGCUGAAUGGCGCCAUCAAUAACCUAUCGUUCAACAUCCGCAAAGACUGGCGCACGGUUCCCCAGUGGCUCAACAAAUACGUCAGCGCCGAGGCGCUCAAGACGGGCAAGCAGGAGAUGACGGCAGUGGGCCGGGCGGUUAUCACGCGCUGGAUCGUCGAGGAAAUUUUUGACAAAUGCUUCCACCCGGGCCUGAACUAUGACCUCAGCCGGCAGCUCAAGGACAUCGAGCUGAACAUCCGGCGGUUCUCGUACACGAUGAACGCGCAGGAGGAGUUCGAGGCCCUGACGACCAAGGUGGUCAGCUGGCGCAUGGCCACACUCGAGGGCCUGCAGCACAUCAUCAAGUCGCCGGAAAGCGCGGAGAAUAGAGCCGACUUUACGCGGAUGGCCACCGCCAACCUGACGGCGACCCUAUUCCAGUAUCUGGCCGAACCCCCACCGACUGGCGUGGACGGCAGCGCGUCGAUGAUCAUCGAACUGGCGGUCAGCAUCGCGGCCAACAUGCCCCUGGAGAGCCGAGACGUCGCCCUCACCUACCCCCUACCGGGUGACCCGGUCAACCUCAAUGUUAUGGAGGUGGAAAAGUCUGGCCUGCCUGCGAUCGAAACGCAGGGCGACGGCGAACAGGUCGAUGACGGAAGGGCGGAGGAGCCAGAUGGGAGGGAAGGCGCCGGUUCCAGAGCACGUGGGGACAAGUCCCGAAACGGUACGUUUACAACCUUACAAGACGGCAAGAGCAGCAGUAGCAAGACCGGUGGCGGCAGCGGCAGCAGUAGCGGCAAAGGUCCGGCCGUGGCGAUCCCGGCGAGGAAGAGCAGUCUCGUCCCCGCGUCCUCGUUUGUCAAUGCCAAAAAUACUGACACGGCAACUUUUGCAGUUCCACCACCGAAGGAUAGCGGCAAGAUCCGGUUCGCGGCCUUCCUGGCCGUAGAAGUACGUGGUCGACAGGUACUCAUGAAGGCACCGGUCUGGACGCUUGGCUAGAGAAGUGAAGGAAUACACGCAAGGUGACGCUUCACGACCCCGGGGACUAUG